AUGAUUAACCAACGUUCUCCCAUGGGCUUCAUCCUUCUGGGCUUCUAUGAACACCCAGCACAGGAAAGGAUUCUCUUUGUGGUUGUCUUGACUUUCUACGUUUUGAUCCUGGUGGGCAACACACUCAUCAUCCUGCUGUCUGUGCUGAACCCCAGGCUCCACUCUUCAAUGUACUUCUUCCUCUCCCACCUCUCCUUCUUGGAUCUCUGCUUCACCACUAGCUGUGUUCCCCAGAUGCUGGUCGACCUCUGGGGCCCAAAGAGAACCAUCAGCUUCCUGGGCUGCUCUGUCCAGCUCUUCAUCUUCCUGUCCCUGGGGACCACUGAGUGAAUCCUUCUUACAGUGAUGGCCUCUAAUAGCUAUGUGGCUAUCUGCCAGCCCCUCCACUAUGCCACCAUCAUCCACCCCCACCUGUGCUGGCAGCUGGCAUCUGUGGUGUGGGUCAUUGGGCUGGUGGAGUUACUAGUCCAGACACCAUCCACCCUGUGCCUGCCCUUCUGCCCCCAUCAGCAGGUAGAUGAUUUUGUCUGUGAAGUCCCACCUCUAAUUCGACUCUCCUGUGGAGACACCUCCUACAACGAGAUCCAGAUGUCUGUUGCCAGUGUCUUCAUCUUGGUUGUGCCUCUCAGCCUCAUCCUUGUCUCUUAUGGAGCCAUUGCUCGGGCAGUGCUGAGGAUUAACUCUGCAAAAGGGCAGAGGAAAGCUUUUGGGACCUGCUCUUCCCAUCUCACUGUGGUCACCCUCUUCUACAGCUCAGUCAUUGCUGUCUACCUCCAGCCCAAAAAUCCCUAUGCCCAAGAGAAGGGCAAGUUCUUUGGCCUCUUCUAUGCAGUGGGCACUCCUUCACUUAACCCUCUCAUAUACAUCCUGAGGAACAAGGAGGUAACCAGGGCAUUGAGGAGAUUGCUGGGAAAGGAAAUGGAGCUCACACAAAGCUGAGGGAGAGUUGCUUAAUAUGCUUUAAAAGAGAAGAGAUUCUAUGUGCUUUCACUGGAAAGUUUGAGUUCCCUCUCCUCUGCCUUCCUCACACCCAUCACGCUGUGACAAUGGAU